AAAAGAGGAAGAACAAGGAAGAGAGAGGAGCUUCUUUAUUUUUCGUUUCAACUUUUUUUUUUAUUUUUUAAAUUUUCUUCAAUAUCUUCCUUCAAAUCAAACACAUUGUUUUGUUGUCUCUGAAUUUUCGGACCGGAUUUGUGGCUCAUACCUUAGCUGAUUUUUUUUGAUUUUCUUUCUCCAUUUUUUCCUUCUGCAAAUCGACCUGGAGCUUUGUAUUUUCCGGUCCUAAUUUUUGCUUUUUUCUUCUUGCUUUUUUUUUGGUUUCAAUCGGGCCCCUUUGACGCAAAAAUUCUCAGGUUUUCAAGAAAUCUUUCUGGAUAACCUCAUUUUGUUCGUGUUGUCAAAGGUCGGCCUUAGCUGAAAUUUGGGUGGCAACUGGCAAUGUUUCCUCAGUUUCUCAUCUGCAUUUCACAGCUUCAUGUUUGCCUGGAUUGUGGAGAGAGUAGAUCCUUGAGGAUUUUGUUAUGAACAUUCACUUGGAGCUGUACUCAGCUGGUUCAGAAGUUCUGGUGAAUGGCUGAAUCCAAACUGAAAUUGGAGCUGGUGGAGUGGUUAAAUUGUAUGCUCCCCCAUAUAAAUUUGCCACUGGAUGCUUCAGACGAGGAAUUGAGAGUAUGCUUGAGUGAUGGAAGUGUAUUAUGCAGCAUCUUGGAUAAACUAUGCCCUGGUGUAUGUCAGGGAGGCAAUUCGAAGCCCAUCACUCCUAAUAUCGAGAGAUUUCUGAUAACUCUGGAUGAAUUAGGACUUCCUGGCUUUGAACCUUCUGCCUUGGAGCAGGGAUCUAUUGCACCAGUUUUGCACUGCCUGAGCACACUUCGAGCUUCCUUUGAUUUGAGUGUUGGGGAUGAGUACACUCAAAAUCAUUCACGAAAAAGAUGGAACUUAUGCGAAGUAGAUUCAUUAGAUGGAAUCAAUAAUUUAUCUGGGCAAAGAUUUCAAGAUUUUCAGAAUGGUUCAGUUGUAUCAGUGCCGUCAUAUGGUUUAAACAGCCAUAUUCAAUAUGAGGAUUAUGGGGAGCAAGAACAAAUUCAUGAUGUUUCUGGUUCUAACGUCGUGGAGUUGAUAAAAUCAGAGAAUCUUGAGAAUGUCUCUACUGAAUCACUUUUCAAUAUGAUCAAUAGAAUUCUGGAUGGCACUGUUGAAACAAAAAAUGGAGACGUGUCACAUCAAGUAGCUUAUAUUCUGAGAAAAGUUGUACAAGUGCUUGAGCAGAGAAUUUUAACUCAUGCUGGAAACCUGAAACAUCAAAGCAAUCUUUUGAAAGCUCGGGAGGAGAAAUUUCUCUCAAAAUUAAGAGUCCUUGAAACCCUUGCAACAGGAACCACGGAAGAAAAUGAGGUUGUCAUGAACCAGCUUCAGCGUUUGAAGAUUGAAAUGUUCAAGGUAGAGGAGAUGAAAAACUGUGAGGAGCAGGAUAAGAUGGCGUUGAAGGAGCAAAAGGCACUCUGUGAUGUCAAGUUAUCAAACCUUAAAGAUGAGCUAGAAAAAGCCAAAAGUGAACAUGAAAAUCAUUGCUUACAACUGGAAACAAAUGCUAAGGAGGAGAAAGCUAAGUAUGAGGAGAAGCUAAAUGAACUUGAAUGCUUAUUAGCUGAUUCCAGGAAGCACGUUAAGGAACUUGAGACAUUUUCUGAAUCUAAAUCACUGAAAUGGAAAAAGAAAGAGUUCGUCUAUCGAAAUUUUGUUGAUGAUCUGCUUCGAGCAUUUCAGGGAUUAAGGAUUUCAGUGGACUCCAUCAAACGUGAGGUCUUGAAUACAAAAGGAAACUAUGCUGAGGAUUUUAAUUUCCUCGGAAUGAAGUUCAAAGGAUUAGCAGACGUGGCUCAGAAUUACCAUGCAGUUUUGAACGAAAAUAGAAGAUUGUAUAAUGAAGUUCAGGAUUUAAAAGGCAACAUUCGAGUGUAUUGUCGGAUACGGCCAUUUCUUCCAGGACAAAGCAAGAAGCUAACUACAGUUGAAUAUAUUGGUGAAAAUGGUGAAUUGGUAAUUAUAAAUCCUGCUAAACAAGGAAAAGACAAUCGUAGACUAUUCAAAUUCAAUAAAGUUUUUGGUCCAACAUGUUCACAAGAGGAUGUAUUUUUAGACACUCAACCAUUAAUUCGAUCGGUCCUUGAUGGAUAUAAUGUUUGCAUAUUUGCUUAUGGACAAACUGGUUCAGGAAAGACAUAUACUAUGAGUGGACCUGAUGUAUCGUUGAGAACAGAAUGGGGUGUUAACUAUCGAGCAUUAAAUGACCUCUUUGAAAUUUCUCAAAGCAGGAAAGGCUCUAUUUCCUAUGAAAUUGGUGUCCAAAUGGUUGAGAUAUACAAUGAACAAGUCCGUGAUCUGCUCUCAACUAGCGGUCUUCCAAAGAGACUUGGGAUUUGGAACACCACUCAACCAAAUGGGCUUGCAGUACCUGAUGCUGGUAUGCAUCCUGUUAGAUCUACUGGCGAUGUCCUGGAUUUGAUGAAGAUUGGAUUGACAAACAGGGCAGUUGGAGCAACAGCCUUGAAUGAAAGAAGCAGCAGAUCUCAUAGUGUGCUGACAAUUCAUGUUCGAGGUGUGGACUUGGAGACAGAUGCUAUUUUACGUGGUAGUCUCCAUUUAAUAGAUCUUGCCGGCAGUGAAAGGGUGGACCGGUCAGAGGCUACUGGAGAUAGGCUGAAAGAGGCACAACACAUUAACAAAUCAUUGUCAGCUCUUGGGGAUGUAAUUUUUGCUCUUGCACAGAAGACUUCGCACAUUCCUUACAGAAAUAGCAAACUAACCCAAGUUCUCCAAAGUUCUUUAGGUGGUCAAGCGAAGACACUCAUGUUUGUACAGAUUAAUCCUGAUGUAGAUUCGUACUCUGAAACAAUAAGCACCUUGAAGUUUGCUGAAAGAGUUUCUGGUGUAGAGUUGGGUGCUGCCCGUAGCAACAAAGAGGGUAGAUAUGUUAGAGAACUCAUGGAUCAGGUGGCCGUUCUCAAGGAUACCAUUGCAAAUAAAGAUGAGGAGAUUGAGCGGUUGCAGUUGCUUAAAACUAAUGGCAAUGGUGUAAAGCAUGGCGUUGGUUCCCUAAGACAGGAGUCAUUUUCUCCUAGAAGACACUCUAGCAUAACUCCUCGGCAGAGCCAAAAGCCAUCAGGGAGAAAAGGCUUAGGCAUGAAUAAAGCAGCAUCUGACGUGGACAAUUUCUCAGAUUAUGACAGGCGUUCUGAAGCUGGAUCACUUCAGUCUAUGGAUGACUUUAAAUAUCAUAAGCGUUCUGAAUCUGGAUCACAUCUGUUUAUAGAAGACUUUAGACAUCAUAAGCGUUCUGGAUCUGGAUCGCAUUUGUCUGUAGAGGACUUUAGACAUCAGAAGGAAUCUUCUUCACAGUUAAGGGAUUUAAGUCAGAAUGUUACUGAUGAUGUUGACCUUUUAGGCUUUGGAAAUGCUGAUUCGGAUGAGAGGUUAAGUGACAUAUCAGAUGGGGGGCUUUCAAUGGGAACUGAAACCGAGGGAUCAAUUUGCAGUGUCGUGGAAUACACUCUAUUCCCUGAAGUUCCAAAGCCAUCAGAUGUUUCGUUUGCUGAUUCUAAGUACCCAGAGGGCACAUUGGAUGUGAAAAGGCAAGCAGAGAGUGCAACAACUGGGGUGAAGUCAUUGAUUCCUAUUCCAGAAAAAACCAAUGCACCAUCGAAGACAGGCGCCAGGCCCCCACAAAAGCCCAUGCAAGCCAAAUCGUCAAGAGUUUCAUUGACGAAAAGCUCCUCAAAGGCUCCAAUAGCAUCAAGUAUCAGAAAAACGAUUGUUGGCAGCUCAUCAUUGACUAAAAGCAGGACAAGGUGGAAGUGAAUCAACCUAAAAGUAAUCUGGGUAGAAAAAUUCUUAGAGCCUAAUCAUUAUUUUGUGUAGUUCUUGGUUGCAGUUUAACUUCACACUUGGUAGUUUCUGGCUCAUCUCAUAGGCUCUGCCUUUUGCCAUUCUAAUUGGAAUAUCAUAAUUUCUUCCUCUUGUUGUAUAUUUGUGUGCUAAAAGGUUAGCUAUUGUUUAAAUAACAAUCAUCACUUCAAACCUUUCCAUCCUCUAAUAUUAUAUCUCUCUAUCUGAA